AUGAGCAGCCGCGACCACCUGUUCAAAGUGUUGGUGGUGGGGGACGCCGCGGUGGGCAAGACGUCCCUGGUGCAGCGAUAUUCCCAGGACAGCUUCAGCAAACACUACAAGUCCACGGUGGGAGUGGACUUUGCUCUGAAGGUUCUCCAGUGGUCUGACUCAGAGAUGGUGCGCCUCCAGCUGUGGGAUAUUGCAGGGCAGGAGCGCUUCACCUCUAUGACCCGACUUUACUAUCGGGAUGCCUCUGCCUGUGUUAUUAUGUUUGAUGUUACCAAUGCCACUACCUUCAGAAACAGCCAGAAAUGGAAGCAAGACUUGGACAGCAAGCUCACACUGCCCAAUGGAGAGCCGGUGCCCUGCCUGCUCUUAGCCAACAAGUGUGAUCUAUCCCCCUGGGCAGUGAGCCGAGACCAGGUUGACCGGUUCAGUAAAGAGAAUGGUUUCACAGGUUGGACAGAAACCUCGGUCAAGGAGAACAAAAAUAUUAAUGAGGCCAUGAGAGUCCUCAUUGAAAAGAUGAUGAGCAAUUCCAGAGAAGAUAUGUCUUUGUCCACUCAGGGGAACUACAUCAACCUGCAAACCAAGCCCUCCUCCAGCUGGGCCUGCUGCUAG